CUUUGUUGAAAGCAAAACCAAUCAGGACUGCAAGUGGGAUUGCAGUGGUUGCUGUGAUGUGCAAACCACAUCGCUGUCCACACAUCAAUAUGACUGGUAACAUAUGUGUGUAUUGUCCUGGAAGUCCAGACUCUGAAUUUGAGUAUUCAACACAAUCUUACACAGGAUAACCAACAUCCAUGCGAGCCAUAAGAGCACGAUGCAAUCCAUAUUUACAAACAAGACAUCGAGUUGAACAAUUGAAGCAGCUUGGCCACAGUGUAGAUAAAGUUGAAUUUAUAGUCAUGAGUGGAACCUUUAUGUGCUUGCCAGAGGAUUACAGAGAUUAUUUUAUUAGAAAUUUGCAUGAUGCUCUAUCUGGACACACUAGCAACAAUGUGGAUGAAACUGUGAAAUAUUCAGAGAAAAGUAAGACUAAAUGCAUUGGAAUUACUGUUGAAACUAGGUCAGAUUAUUGUCUCAAAAUACAUUUGUCAGAUAUGUUGAGAUAUGGAUGCAUUCGUCUAGAGAUUGGAGUCAAAUCUGUAUAUGAGGAUGUUGCAAGAGACACAAAUAGGGGACACACAGUGAAAGCAGUCUGUGAGAGCUUCCAUUUGGCAAAAGAUGCUGGAUUUAAGGUGGUUGUUCAUAUGAUACCAGAUCUUCCAAAUAUUGAUUUUGAAAGAGACAUUGAAGAGUUUAUAGAACUCUUUGAGAAUCCAGCAUUUCGAGCAGAUGGUUUAAAGAUUUAUCCAACACUAGUGAUUCGUGGCACAGGACUUUAUGAACUCUGGAAAACUGGAAGGUACAAAAGUUACCCACCAAGCACACUCGUUGACCUUGUUGCACGCAUUCUUGCACUUGUACCUCCGUGGACAAGAGUGUACAGGGAGCAGAGGGACAUCCCCAUGCCGUUAGUGAGCUCUGGAGUUGAACAUGGAAAUUUGAGAGAACUGGCCUUAGAAAUAAUGAAGGAUCUAGUUACUAGUUGUCGAGAUGUUAGAACAAGAGAGGUUGGGAUACAAGAAAUUCAUCAUAAAGUUCGACCCUAUGAGGUAGAACUGAUUAGAAGAGAUUAUGUUGCAAAUGGUGGCUGGGAAACAUUUCUGUCUUAUGAAGAUCCUGAGCAAGAUAUCCUUGUUGGUCUUCUUCGCUUACGAAAGUGCUCAGAGGAAACAUUUAGGUCCGAACUUAAGGGUGGAGUUUCAAUAGUUCGUGAACUUCAUGUCUAUGGUAGUGUAGUACCAGUGAAUGCACGUGAUCCUACAAAGUUUCAGCAUCAAGGAUUUGGAAUGUUACUUAUGGAAGAAGCUGAAAGGAUUGCUAAGGAGGAGCAUGGAUCUGCUAAAAUAGCAGUAAUAUCAGCUGUUGGCACUAGGAAUUACUACAGGAAAAUUGGAUGCGAACUUCAUGGGCCAUACAUGUCAAAGUUAUUACUGUGA